GGGACAAAUGCAGUUGAUUUCCCGCCAAACAACCGCGCGCGCCAAAAUGUGGCGGCAUCCCUCGCGCCGUGGGCUUUUCACUGGCGGUUUCUCCGGCUUUGCGGAGACGCGGAAUUGAAUCAGGGUCCUGUUCUGCGAAUCGCUCGGCGGAAUGCCGGCGGUCUCGAGCGCACGAAGCGGACCCCUCCGGAGAAGCGGUUGAAGGAGGGGCAAGUUGCGUUGCGUGUUCUCUUUGAGACGCAGUUUGCUGUGAAAGAGUGCGGGCGCUUUUGUUCAAAUUCAUUUUCGGCAUUUUGGUUUGGCGCCAACGCCCCGUGGCGGCGCCGCCCCGCACUUCUCCAGGCGGGGAUCAGCGCCCUCACCGGACCCCGCAAGGAAGAGCGGUUCACUCGAGACGGCCGCGGUCGCAUUGUUUACUCGGGACCCGCCCCGUCUGGGAGGUCGCACGGCCUGCAGCAUUUGGGGGCGUAA